AUGUCACAAAAAAGGACUCCAGCAAUCACGAUGACACGGAUAUUACUUCCUUUCCUCUUGACAAUUAGUCUAUCAUUACGAUGGGCUUCGGCCUUUCAGCAAUAUGGCGGGAAACCAAGAUCAAGCCAGAAUCCAGGCGUGGAUUUUCAUCAGAAUACACCCACCUUCAAAGCGUCAUUGCCAUCAACAUCAUCGUUGGAUGCAUCACAACCAGAAUCAAAUGAGUUUGAAACCUCGCGGCGUCAAGUCAUGGUUCAAGUUGCCUCAAAUGUAAUGCUACUGUCGUCUGCAAAUGCAGCCGUCACGGACGAAACGGACAACUUUGCCGAUAACUGGUGGACUACUCCAAACGCCAACAACGGCAACUCCAUUGCUCCAUCGCCGGUGCCAGCCAAGAGUGGCCCUUCCGAUGAAGUUACAAUCGCCAUUCCCAAAGCCUCGUUGAAUCAAAAGAAAGGCGGAGGUGGCCUUGGAGUAGAAUUGGGAGAAGUCGCGUUUCGAAACAACGUCAGGGUAUUUGUCAAGUCUGUCAAUCCUGGAUCUAUCGCUGAGACAUUGGGCGUCAAAAAGAACUGGAUCGUGGUCGGCAUCAAUGGUCAAAGUGCCGAACGUACUGAUGUCGCAGGAGUGGCCCUGAUGGUUUAUAAAGCUGUCAAUGAUGACGCAAAUGACGAUCGAGUGGUCUUUCGAUUCCGAGAUCCUGUCGUUUUCAAAAAGUCACUCAACGACAUGGAGAACGCAGGAGGGGAAGUGACGACCCAGGUGGCUCCAGCAGGAGACACGACGCAACGCAAAGCAGUUGGAAACAAACAAACCGAGCAAGAUGAUCAACGACUUUCUGUUUCCCAAUUGAUUCCUCCCAAGAUGUGUAAUCGUCAGGCAGGAGUCGAUGAUUUGUUGGAGAUUUCGUAUAUUGGUACAGUGUUGGAUACAGGAGAUGUAUUUGACGGUUCUGCCAUCAAAAUUAAUGGCAAGGGCAUUCCCGGAAGAGCAGAUGAUGUUAGUAUCUUUUUCGUCUUGGGCAAGCAACCUUUUGGUCAGUUUCCUUCAGGUUGGGAUGUCGGUCUGGAAGGCAUGUGUGUUGGAGAACGUCGUCGAUUGAUUGUCCCUCCAGUGCUGGCCUAUGGAGAAGCAGGAUUGCCUCGUCGAGGGAUCCCACCCAACGCAACUUUACAGUACGACGUCACUGUAGUCUCAAUAAAUGGACUUUCGACACCUUAA